AUGGCGGGGGCGCCGCGCGGCCGAGGCGGAGGCGGCGGCGCGGGCGAGCCCGGGGGCGCCGAGCGGGCGGCCCGGCCGGGCGGCCGGCGCGGGCUGCGGGCGUGCAACGAGGAGUUCGCGUGCCCCGAGCUGGAGGCGCUGUUCCGCGGCUACACGCUGCGGCUGGAGCAGGCGGCCACGCUGAAGGCGCUGGCCGUGCUCAGCGGGCUGGCGGGCGCGCUGGCGCUGGCCGAGCUGCUGGGCGCGCCGGGGCCCGCGGCCGGCCUGGCCAGGGGCUCGCACCCGGCGCACUGCGUGCUCUUCCUGGCGCUGCUCGUGGUCACCAACGUGCGCUCGCUGCAGGUGCCCCAGCUGCAGCAGGUCGGCCAGCUGGCGCUGCUCUUCAGCCUCACCUUCGCGCUGCUCUGCUGCCCCUUCGCGCUCGGCCGCCCCGCGGGGACCCCCGCCGGCGCGGCUGCGGGGCCGGCGGCCGCCGACCAGGGCGUUUGGCAGCUCCUUCUGGUCACCUUCGUGUCCUAUGCCCUGCUGCCCGUGCGCAGCCUGCUGGCCAUCGGCUUCGGGCUCGUGGUGGCCGCCUCGCACUUGCUGGUCACGGCCACCUUGGUGCCCGCCAAGCGCCCGCGUCUCUGGAGGACGCUUGGUGCCAACGCCCUGCUCUUCCUCAGCGUGAACAUGUAUGGAGUGUUUGUGAGGGUCCUGGUCGAACGCUCCCAAAGGAAAGCCUUCCUGCAGGCCCGGAACUGCAUCGAAGACCGGCUGAGGCUGGAGGACGAGAACGAGAAGCAGGAGCGGCUGCUUAUGAGCCUUCUGCCCCGAAAUGUUGCCAUGGAGAUGAAGGAGGACUUCCUGAAGCCCCCCGAGAGGAUUUUCCACAAGAUUUACAUCCAGCGGCAUGACAAUGUGAGCAUCCUCUUCGCGGACAUCGUGGGCUUCACGGGCUUGGCGUCACAGUGCACCGCGCAGGAGCUGGUGAAGCUCCUCAACGAGCUCUUCGGCAAGUUUGAUGAACUGGCCACGGAGAAUCAUUGUCGCCGGAUCAAGAUCCUCGGGGACUGCUAUUACUGCGUGUCUGGCCUCACCCAGCCCAAGACCGACCACGCCCACUGCUGCGUGGAGAUGGGCCUGGACAUGAUCGACACCAUCACGUCGGUGGCGGAGGCCACGGAGGUGGAUCUGAACAUGCGUGUGGGGCUGCACACCGGCCGGGUCCUCUGCGGGGUCCUCGGCCUGCGCAAGUGGCAGUAUGACGUGUGGUCCAACGACGUGACCCUCGCCAACGUCAUGGAGGCCGCCGGCCUGCCCGGGAAGGUCCACAUCACGAAGACGACCCUGGCGUGCUUGAACGGCGACUACGAGGUGGAGCCGGGGCAUGGGCACGAGAGGAACAGUUUCCUGAAAGCUCACAACAUCGAGACCUUCUUCAUCGUGCCGUCACAUCGGCGGAAGAUAUUUCCAGGGCUGAUCCUCUCCGACAUAAAGCCUGCCAAGAGGAUGAAGUUCAAGACUGUGUGUUACCUGCUGGUUCAGCUCAUGCACUGUCGGAAGAUGUUCAAGGCGGAGAUCCCCUUCUCCAACGUCAUGACCUGUGAGGAUGAUGACAAGCGGAGGGCGUUGAGAACUGCGUCGGAAAAACUCAGAAACCGCUCGUCCUUCUCUGCAAACGUCGUCUACACCACCCCGGGCACGCGCGUCAACAGGUACAUCAGCCGCCUCCUGGAAGCCCGUCAGAUGGAGCUGGAGAUGGCGGACCUGGACUUCUUCACCCUGAAGUACAAGCAGGCUGAGCGUGAGCGCAAGUACCACCAGCUGCAGGAUGAAUAUUUCACCAGUGCCGUCGUGCUCGCGCUCGUCCUGGCCGCCUUGUUCGGCCUCGUCUACCUUCUCAUCAUCCCGCAGAGUGUGGUCGUCCUCCUGCUGCUGGUGUUCUGCAUCUGCUUCCUGGUGGCCUGUGUCCUGUACCUGCACAUCACCCGGGUCCAGUGUUUUCCAGGAUGCCUGACGAUCCAGAUCCGCACCAUCUUGUGUAUUUUCAUAGUGGUCCUAAUCUACUCUGUGGCCCAAGGAUGUGUGGUGGGCUGCCUGCCCUGGGCCUGGAGCUCCAGCCCCAACGGGUCCCUGGUGGUCCUGAGGCCUGGCGGCCGGAACGCAGUGCUGCCCGCCGCCCCCUGCGAGUCGGCGCCCCACGCCCUGCUCUGCGGCCUCGUGGGCACCCUGCCUCUGGCCAUCUUCCUGCGGGUGUCCUCCCUGCCCAAAAUGAUCCUGCUCUUCGUGCUCACGACGUCCUACAUCCUGGUCCUGGAGCUCAGCGGGUACACCAGGGCCUCGGGGGGCGGCGCGGUCUCCGGGCGCAGCUUCGAGCCGAUCAUGGCCAUCCUGCUGUUCUCGUGCACGCUGGCCCUGCACGCCCGGCAGGUGGACAUCAAGCUGCGGCUGGACUACCUGUGGGCGGCACAGGCAGAGGAGGAGAGGGACGACAUGGAGAGGGUGAAGCUGGACAACAAGAGGAUUCUCUUCAACCUCCUGCCGGCCCACGUUGCUCAGCACUUCCUCAUGUCCAACCCCCGGAACAUGGACCUGUACUACCAGUCCUACUCGCAGGUGGGUGUCAUGUUCGCCUCCAUCCCCAACUUUGACGACUUCUACAUCGAGCUGGAUGGCAACAACAUGGGGGUGGAGUGCUUGCGCCUCCUGAACGAGAUCAUCGCUGACUUUGACGAGCUCAUGGACAAAGACUUUUACAAGGACCUGGAGAAGAUCAAGACCAUCGGGAGCACCUACAUGGCUGCGGUGGGGCUGGCGCCCACAACCGGGACCAAGGCAAAGAAGUGCAUCUCCUCGCACCUCAGCACGCUGGCGGACUUCGCCAUCGACAUGUUCGACGUCCUGGAUGAAAUCAACUACCAGUCUUACAACGACUUUGUGCUCCGCGUCGGCAUCAAUGUUGGCCCCGUGGUGGCCGGGGUGAUCGGGGCUCGGAGGCCGCAGUACGAUAUUUGGGGAAACACGGUCAACGUGGCCAGUCGGAUGGACAGCACCGGCGUCCAGGGCAGAAUCCAGGUGACCGAGGAGGUUCACCGGCUGCUGCGAAGGGGCACCUACCGCUUCGUGUGCCGCGGGAAGGUCAGCGUCAAGGGCAAGGGCGAGAUGCUGACGUACUUCCUGGAAGGCCGGACCGAUGGAAACGGCUCCCAGGCCAGGUCCCUGAACGCAGAGCGGAAAAUGUGUGCUUACGGACGAGCCGGCCUCCAGACCAGACUGGCCACAGGCCCGCCCCCGGCGGCCCCCACGGCCGGCCUCCCGGUCAGAGCCGGGCUGGGGGCUCUGCAGGGCUCGGGGCUCCCCCCGGGCCCGCCAGGCCAGCACCUGAGCCCCAGAGCAGCUGGGAAGGAGGCUUAGCUGGCUGCUGGGGGCUCAGGGGCUCCAGCAGGGACCAGCCCGGCCCACAGAGCAGGGCCGGCGGCCGGCGGCUGGGCUGCAGAAGGGGUGCCGUCCAGGCGUGACCCGAAGCAGCCGGGCAGCGACGGGCCAGGGGAGCCCUGCCCGCCUGGACGCUGAGGCUUUCAGGGGACUGUGCUCGCUCGGUCCUCUCCUCGGUGGCCGAGGAGCGACUGCCGGGGUCGGUCAGCUCAGCGUCUGGCGUCGGGAUCUUGUGAACAUGCUCCGCGGCCGCAGGCUUCGCUGAGCCAGAGCCGUGGAGCUGUGGCCGGCAGAGCGGGAGCGUGCCCCGAGGGGGCCCACGGCAGCCCCGGCUGGAAGCCAGGCCUCCCGCGUGCGGCAGGGCCGGAAGGGCAGGCCCGGGGCCCAGGCGGGCGGUUUGGGGAGAAGCCCUGCCGCACAGAGCGGGCCCCGCUGGCUUCCUUCGGGAGCGGUUUCUGCCAAGACCCAGAGGCAGGUCUUCUGGAAUUCUUGGGGCCCCGAGCCACGUCUCUGUGUCCCGACCAGCAUCGUCCCUGCUCUGCCUGCCCGUCCCGCGUUGUCCCUCGGCCCCCGGAUGGCCUCGGCCCUACAGACCCUGGCCUCUCUCGUCGGGGGAGGAACCGAGGUCGGGGUCGCGGGCCCCUUGCUGUCCCCGCGUCUGGGGCUCCUGCUCUUCUCACAACAGCACAAGCUUCCCGGGCGGAUGAGCCUGCGCCCCGGACGUGGGAUUCGGGGUGCGUGUGGGUUGCACCCGUGUGGAGAGCUCCGCAGGUGACUCUGGGGAGGUCUGGGGUCUCCCGCGCACACAGGUGCAGACCGAGGACACGCGGGAUGUGCUGUUAGGGGUGCGGGGCGGCGGCUCCGGCCGCAGGAGGAAGGCAGCUGGGCACCGGCGGGCGGGGCUGGGCUCACUCUGGCUGAGCCCCCGUCGAUGUCCCGGGGCUGCUCCCGUGGUGGGCUUGUGAGGCGUGGCGUCCUCUGGGGGGCUCAGCCCUGCCCGGCCGGGUUGCAGCCAGCCUGGGCAGCCGCCGGGCCGUGUGUGGACAGGCCAGCUGAUGCGGGACUCUGCACGGAAGUAGGUGGGCCGACGGCCUCCCUCCUGAGAAGCAGCUCUGCGCUGAGCCACUGAGUCCUUCUCAGCCUUUAGAGACAUGGCGGGAUUCCAUCAGGGGAAACCGAGUCAUCCUGAGAGUCCUGUGAGCAUGCGGCCCCCGUGGUGAGCCUGUCUGUGCCGGGCUGCAGGGCUGAGGACCUGCCCGGGGUCCUGGUGCCCGCCUGCUGGUGGCGGCCAAGCUGCCUCCGGGGCAGGGCAGGGGGCGGCAGACCGCACCGCGGCCCCGACUCCGUGCUCUGCCGCGCGGCAAAGGGACUUCACAGACGGAAUUGAAGGUACGGGCCUUAAGCUGGGGCAGGAUCCUGAGCUCUCUGGGUGGACCACCUGCCCCCCUCGAAGUGGACAGAGCGGCAGGGCGGCCCGGAUGGCCCAAGCAUGAGGUAGCUGCUUAAAGAUGCGGGGACCCGACAUCAACCAUCGGGGAGAGGAGCUGGUCGCCCCCGCGGACACACGCCACGGAUCCCGUGUCGACCCGGGCGAGCCGGGGGGCGGGUGGACGCCCGUGAACUCUCCGCAGCGCCCCCAGCCCUGCCGGGCCCGGACCUGGGGUCUGCACAACCAGGAGCUCUGGAGCCCUGCAGGCGUGGCCACCGGUCGUGGCAGCGGCGGGAGGCCGUGGGACCCGACGGUUGUGGGCCGGCCGCCGUGACCACCCACGGCGGCGCCGCGGCCCAGCUCCCAGGAGCGCACACUUCUGUCAUCAGCAGUCCAGACCCUACCGCCCCGAGGGCGCGGCAGCCCCCACAGCGGCCCUCGGAGGCGGGUGCGCGAUGUCUUCCUCUUUAUUUGUGAUGAGACCGUAUGAUCUUGCCUUAUUUAUUUUUAAUCUUGUACAGCAUCCACGGACAAACGUUAGCCUUUCGAGUAGGGUUCUCUCUGAAUUAUUUAAGAUGCUCUGUAAAUAGUGAACUGUUUCAGGGGACGCCUGUUCACUCCCACCAAAAAUGAGAACAGCCCCCGCCCCGUGCGAACGGCACGCUUUACCCAGACGUGUGACGUCCCUAAGGCACCGCGCCCCUGCUUGGGGAAGCCCCGGCACUGGGGGGGCCCUGCGUGUCCCUCGCGUGCUGCUUAUGCCCAACCUCAGUAGCGCAGAGGCAGCCCCAAACUUCCAGACGCUUCCACGGACCACCGGGCCCGGGGGGUCCGCUGCAUGGGGUGUAUGUGCUGCAGCGUGGAGCCCCCCGCGGACCAGGCCCCCCGAGCCUGCACGUUUGUCAGACCCCAGAGCCAACAACGCUUCAGACCCUUUCUGUCUCCAGAAGCAAUAACUAACUCUCAACUGCGGUCCAAAGCCAAUGGUGAUUCCAGCAUAAGCCAUGUGCACGAGUUUGCCCGAGUUCAACCACGCUGUGGGGGGCCCGACACCCCCACGGCCCCCCAGCCCCUCCUGCAGACCCAGCUCAGGCCCCACGCGCUGCGGGGUUUGCCGUCGGUGCGCGGGACAUGGGAGGGGAGGGCCUGCCUCAGCCCCGUCAGUUAAGUCGCCCUCGGGGCGAGAGCAGGUCUGUGCACGCCUGUGACCCUCCUGACCCGUCUCAGCGCGUCCACGGGGUGCCGUGAGCCUCGGGGCCAGGACGCCAUCCUGCCUGGUGAGCCUGGUUGACGUGUGGGCUCUGAGCCCCACCGGACCCAUCCAGCCUUCAGGGGCACCAGGCGCUGGUUCCACCUGGUGGGAAUGCCGUGCUCGUCCCAUCAGCACCCAGAAGUAGUAUGAACCCCCUCCUUUGUCCUGCUACUCAAGAAGGAAGGGUCCUGUGGGCCUCGCGCGUGUGUGUCCCAGACAGGUGGACCGUCUCCGCUCCCGCGUAUGGUCCUGUGAUUCCUUGAGUCGGGGGGCCCUGCAGGCCCCUCCCGUGUGGCAGGCUCGCCCACAACACGCACACAGCCUGCGAGGCAGGUGCUCCCUCAGCGUGCGCCCGCCGCCACGUGGGAGCCGGGCACGGGGGCUGGCGGGCGCCCCGCCACGCGCCCAGCAGCCCUGGCCUGGCGGGUCACAGGGCACUGCCAGCGCUUGUAAUUCUGAGGCAUGUGGGCUGUUGGCUCCGUAGAAAGUCACCCCGGAAACCGACCUGACCUGAGUUUGUAGUGGCGUCAAUGAAAAAAACGACAGAACUUAAAAAGCAAAAAAUCAACCUUCUUAGAGGCAGUUGAUGUCAAAAUGUUUGGUUCGGUGAGAGGAAUAAGGGGCAAGCUGAGGCCCGCUGGAAGCUGGAGGGCACAGCCAUGUCCCUGCGCCCGGACAUCCUGCCUCCCCAGCUGCGCUUUGCUUUGAAAGCUGCCUGGGACAUGGAGCCCCAACACCCUCUGAGGGGGUGUGGGGACCACGUGAAGAUGUGACCUUUCCCCUCACAGUGUCUUGGGGUUUGCAUUUGCCCCCAUGAAUCUUAGGCUGGGGUGGGUUGAAGUCUGGUUCAGGGAGUGGAUUGCUAGGGGUGGCCUGAGGACUCCCCUCCUGGAGGGCAGGGUGGGGAUGGGGCCACGGC